CGUCAUGUUUCUAAACUUCUUUUUCCUUUCAUAUCCAUCACUCUUCUUCGUUACUCAGCCUCAGUUCCAAUCUAAUACAACCAUCGAUACGCACAUAAUGCCGGUCCUACUGGGAAGUCUGAGAGUUUCGGUGAAGAAUCUAUUUUAAUUGGCUGCGACCGGCUGGUGCUGCUGACUCCAACUGCUGUGUGACAACGGCAUGUAGCUGGCUAAUAGCUGCCCACCAAUGGCUACUGAAGCUUCGAUGCCUGAAAAACUUCGGGCUCGAUUUAUUCAAACCAUCCAAAUUAGCUACAUGUUUCUCCCUUACUUCAUCUGGAAAUACCCUUGAUGAACUUUUUGUUGCUUAUCUAAGUUGUAACCGACUAAAAAUGAAUCCUGAAGCUUUCAGUUUUGAACCAAGUGGAAAGCAGGAUCGUAUCUAUCGCGGAGAGCUUCCACUAAGGCCACGAGACCCUAGCCGACAAUUAACAGGACCUGACGACUCACGGUCUAAGAUACCAUGUCGGUUUUUCCUCCAGGGACAAUGCUUGAAAGGAAAUUCCUGCCCAUUCUUGCAUAAGGAUAAUUCUGAGUUCCAGGCUUCGGCUCAAAUUCCCCCUAGUACUCUUAAAUCUCUUGCGCCAAAGGAGACCACGCGGUCCAUCAAAGGCGGUUUGAUCCACUUUAAGGCUGGUGCAGCUGUUUCAAAGGCCUCUUUAUCAUCCGACUUCUCUGCUGUCCAAAUCAGCCAGCUUCCUCGUAAUAGCACCCGGGAGUCUGUAUUGGCCCUUCUUCGUUCCCACGGCUUCGCCCUCCCGAAUGGGACUGACGUUCGGAUGACCACUCAAGGAGAUCAUUCGAGCGCCCUCGUAAAAGUUGAGGAUUCCGAAUUCGCCAAGUCAGUAGGCAGGAAAUUUGGCCCACAGACUAUUUCACAUCAUGCACGAGAUAGGCAGCCAAUCGCUACUCCCAUAGAGAACCCCAUAUUAUCGGAUUCGAAUACCCUUCGAGUCGAUUGCAAGAAGGUGCAUGUCUCCUGGCAUAGACCUUACAAGACAGUUUGGCUCAACUUCGGCAAUAAAGAGGUUGCUGAGCGAGUGAAAAGAAAGUUCACAAGUGAAAGAUACAAGAUUCUGAACCAAAAAGUGCAGAGUGGUGAACCAACCCGUGGACUUGGAUCUCGCAACCCGCUGGCCUGGACUGUGUGUUUGACCGAGGUGCCAGCGUCUGCGACGAAAUCCGAUGUCUCUAAUGCUAUCCUUUUCCAAUCGGAUAAACCACGUAAUAUUGAGCUUGGGAAACCUACAUACAGCACUGAAGCGGAGACAUGCUCGGCCAUAAUUCAAUCUCUAUUCACAUCGAUUGGCCCCCUUGAAUGGUGGGAGUUUACCCCUGACAAUACCGGUAAACGCAUGAAAGCGAGCGGGCGAUUUCAGAAUGAGGAUGACGCGAGAGAAGCCGUACAAACCCUUAAUAAGUCAGAAUUGCCUUUCAAUAAGAAGGCUAAACUUACCGUACAGUUAGUCCACAUGGCAAAGUUUAAGGUCGCCGAGAACAUCUAUGUCGCUGUCGAAUCCCAGCUCAUGGCGAAUCUGAAGGGCUGGAAGGCUUCUCAUUUACAAUUCACGGCGUAUGGCAACUCAGACCCACCCAAAUGGUAUCGCGUGUUGAAAAUUGAGGGGGAGGGGGAUACAGAAGUUGCGAAUGCGAAGAAUACCAUCACCGAUAUCCUUUCAGGAAUGAUCGCUAAAAAAGGAUCUUCCAUACUUUGGCACCCAGCGCUAUGCAGAGAUGGACCCCUCUUCAAACGACUCGAGUCAUUGGGACAGAAAAUCGGAGUGGUUAUCACCCGAAAUAAGGUUAAGUCACAGCUUCGACUAUACGGAUCACGCAGUAAGUGCGAAACAGGUCAGGCAGAUAUUGCUAGGUUGCUGAACGACGAGCAUUCUGAACUCUUUAACCUCGACCUCGAUCCCCUUGAAUUUGGCUGGGUGCUUCGGGGAGGUUUGGUAACAUUAGAGAAUGAAAUUGGCCCCGAGAAGGUAAAUUUCGAUAUUACGUCAACGCCCAAGCAUGUAGUCAUCGUCGGUACAGUCGGGGAUUACGAUAAAGCAAUUCGCGUCUUAAAGAAUAAAGAAACGACGCAGAAGAAGAGAAACGACCCGAACAACCAGGAAUGCUCUGUAUGCUGGGGCGAGGCCGAGAACCCAAUCCAGACGCAAUGUGAUCAUACCUAUUGCCUGGACUGCUUUGAGAACUUAUGCGUAUCUUCUACGACUAAAGAGAAGGCUACCCAAAUAUGCUGUGUUGGUGAAGCUGGAAACUGUUCGAAGAUACUAGGACUUCCGGAACUGCAAGAGCACCUUUCCUCAACUGCGUUCGAGGAACUGCUUGAACAAUCCUUCGCUUCAUACGUACGAUUGCAUCCAGAGUCUCUCAGAUACUGUCCAUCUGUGGACUGUGGAUACGUCUAUCGCAUCAGCGCUACCCCUAAAAUGCGAACUUGUCCCCAAUGCCUUGUGCCGGUCUGUACAGCAUGUCACGCUCAACAUGGCACCAUGACAUGCGCAGACUAUAAGGAUCUGUCCACUGGAGGGUACGCGGCUUUCGAGACACUCAAAAAGGAAAUCGGUAUCAAGGAUUGUCCCAAGUGCAAGACACCACUCGAAAAGACUGAAGGAUGCAAUCACAUGGCUUGUCGGUGCGGUGCGCAUAUCUGCUGGGUAUGCUUAAAGAUUUUCGAGACAGCUACACCUUGCUACACGCACAUGAACAAGGAACAUCGCGGGAUUGGGUUUGAUGAUCUUCAAGAGAGGUUCGGUUAAAAUCUUGGGAUAAUGAGUUCCAAAAUCGGGUCAGGGU